UCUCUCCACUACAAUUCCUCAGUCACCUGCUCUAAAUUCUCCUGUUCUAAAUUCUCCGUUACAAACCCAAAAAUCUUUCACCACUACCAAACAUGGCGGCAACGCAGCAAGUGAGUCCAACACUUCAAAGCUCACUUCCGGUACCUAAGUUCUUGCAGUCCGACGAUGGUGCGAUAAUUAGCAAGGUUGAAGGAACCCACAAGCCUGAUAGUCGCCAAGUUGAUGUUCAAAACUUAUCCACUAUUAUCACCAAAAUCUUGCUUCCUCACGAUCCCAGUACUGGUGGUGAUGUCACAACUGAAACAUCUGUAGGACGCGAAGUACCGGCUCAGAUCAUAAAGCAGCUCUCUUGCGAGCUUUCAUGCAAUUGCUCAAGUGGAAAAGCUCAAGAAACAACUAUGGUGUUACUUGAGAAAUUACUUUCAAACUAUUCUUGGGAUGCAAAGUUGAUGAUAACAGUAGCUGCAUAUGCUAUUAAUUAUGGGGAAUUUCAUCUACUUACUGAGCUUUAUAAUAAAAAUUCAGUUUCGAAAAAUAUAGCUUUGCUUAAGCAACUACAAGGCAAGCAACUACAAGGCAUAAUGGAAGAUGCCGAUCACUUAUUGCAACAAUUUUCUGGAGCAAUUAUUGAACUUAACAAGGCUAUAGUUGCUUUGACUCAAAGUGUCCUCCACUUCAAUACCUUACCUUCUGAGUAUGUUGUAAAUAACAAACCACCAUUUUCAACUGCCACAACUGAUAUCGCCAGAGCUGUGUAUUGGGCAAUUUACAGUGUCGUAACUUCUGCCUCUCACAUUGCUGGUCUUGUUGGGUUAAAAAAUCAGCUCACCAUUGCAAUGAUGACAUGCGAACUCUCAGAAUUGGUUACUAAAGUUAGCAGCAUACAGAUAAUUCUACAAAACCAUUUCUCUCGUAUCAAAAAAGAAAUUGAGUCUUACGAUAUGCUGGUGAACCUUUCUAACACUGUCCAAGACAUUACAACAAUCUUCCAGGCCUUCUUUACUGUCGAGAAAGAGGGCAGGACCGAGACGAAACUAUCCCUUGUGAAGGGCAACAAUAUUAGGGAAAAGUUCAAAAUUGAGGAAUUAAAGGACUCAAAGGUUGUGCUGGUCGUUUCUGGACUUGAUGAAUCUGAAGUUGAGAUUAAAGCUCUUGCGAAAUUGUACGAACAACUCCAAAAAGAGCAAAAGAUUCAAUACCAACUAGUUUGGAUUCCAAUUGUGGAGGGCCAAGUCGAUGAGCAAAAGUUCUCGUCUUUGCAAUCUCUGAUGUCUUGGUAUACUGUAAAACACCCUUCAGUUGUCAAACCAGAGGUUAUUAGAUACAUCAAGGAAGUGUGGAAGUUCUCGAAACAGGCAAUUCUGGUGUCUUUUGAUCAAAAGGGACGUACCGAAACUGUUGAUGCUCUAAACCUAUUCUUGCAAAAGGGAUCUUUGCCUGGUCUACUCCCAUCAUCACCUGCAAAGGAGAAGUCUCCAUGGGAAAUUAAUCAACUGACACUAGAUAUUCUUAUUCAAGAUCUUUAUCAAGUUGAUUCGACGGAACCUGCACCAAUCAUAUGCCUAUAUGGAGGAGAAGACAUGAAAUGGAUUGAGCAAUUCACUGCAGCAAUAUUAGCACGUAUGAAAGACUUCCCUGAGUUGAAGAUAGAAUUAAUUUACGUGAGCAAGAGCAAUACGACCGAUCAGGCCAACAAAGCAAUUCUUGAUUUCAUUACUACAAACAAAAUUGGCGAUUAUUGGAAAGCAGAAGAAACAAAAAGUUGA